AGAAUAAUGGAAGCCCCUGAAUAUCUUGAUUUGGAUGAAAUAGAUUUUAGUGAUGAUAUAUCUGCUGAAUACCUACUGGGCAUAGCAACUGUUCUGUUGUAGCUACAGGAUAAUGGGAAAAUUAGAUUCCUCUGUAAAUUAUGGACAGAAUUUUCUUUCUGGGAAAAUCCGGUUUACAAUGCUAAAUCAUGGGAGUGCAUGGAGGCAUUCCACAAGCUUGUGAAGAAAUUAUUAUUGCUGCUUAUCCAGCCAUGUGACAUUGCUUUAAAAGUGAAUCCAAGGAAUAACUUGCUGAUCAAUAUCAGGUGUGCCCCUUGCAGCAAAGUGUAUUCAGUAACUUCCCUCAAGACUAUCCCAGAAUUACGCAGGAAGUGUGAGUCUCAAAAUGAAGACAGAACAGUUUCCAGCACUAAAUGGAGUUCAGGAGUUUCAACACUCCUUGGAAAUGGGCAAAAACCAGCGGGCAUUGCAGACGUGUAUAGUAAGUUCCGUCCAGUGAAGAGAGUUUCACCCCUUAAGCACCAACCAGAAAGCUCUGAAAAUAAUGAAAGUGAUGACCAAAAGAACCAAAAGAUGGAAUACAAGAAAGGCACUGACUCUCCACCAGUAGCUCACAAUGGUGAUCGACCUCCAGGCAAUGGAGAGAGCCUUAAAACUAAGUGUGUUGAACCUGGAGUUCUGCUUGGUGAGCUGGAGCACUAUGACCUGGACAUGGAUGAAAUUUUGGAUGUGCCUUAUAUCAAAUCAAGCCAGCAGCUUGCUGCUUUUACCAAGGCAGCUCCAGAGAAACGGAUUUUGAGUGUGUACUCAACUCUGAAUGGUCUUAGUGGCAAGUUAUGCCCCGCAGGGAAUACGGAGAAGCCACCAACAGGAACGACACAGUUUUGUGUUUUGUCCCCUGUGAAAAGCUCUCAGCUGAGGAAAGCACAGCCUAUUGUCCCUGAUCAGCAUAAGUAUUUAGCGGAAGAACUGGAGUUUCCUCAGCCGUUAGUUAAAUGUGGUUCGGUCCAUGAACCUGAAGCUCAGACCAAGGGCUUUCUCAACAGGACGUUUGCUGACAAAAUGGAGAAGCCUCUGUCCCACUGUCAGUUAAGGACCUUUCCACUGCAGACAGCUGUGACAGAAAAUAAACAAGAGGAAACAAACUGCAAUAAGAACUCAGGGAGUCCAGAAGAAAGAAAUGAAGAUGUGAAAAAAAAUAAGAGCAUCUUAAAUAUUGUGAAAGAAGGACAGAUAUCACUACUGCCUCACCUUGCAGCAGACAAUCUGGACAAAAUUCAUGAUGAAAAUGGCAACAAUCUUUUGCAUGUUGCAGCAUCACAUGGACAUGCAGAAUGCCUACAGCAUCUCACAUCUCUGAUGGGUGAGGACUGCUUGAAUGAGCGGAACAGUGAACGGCUAACUCCUGCUGGCUUAGCGAUAAAGAAUGGACAACUGGAGUGUGUGAGGUGGAUGGUGAGCGAGACAGAAGCCAUUGCAGAACUCAGUUGCUCAAAGGAUCACCCAAGUCUUAUUCACUAUGCAGGUUGCUAUGGGCAGGAGAAAAUUCUUCUGUGGCUUCUUCAAUUUAUGCAAGAACAAGGGAUUUCUCUGGAUGAAGUAGAUCAGGAUGGAAAUAGUGCAGUCCAUGUAGCUGCCCAGCAUGGGUAUCUGGGAUGUAUACAGACUCUAGUGGAAUAUGGAGCAAACGUCACUAUGCAAAACAAUGCUGGAGAGAAACCAUCCCAAAGUGCUGAGCGGCAGGGACACACCAUGUGCUCACGUUACUUGGUAGUCGUAGAGACAUGUAUGUCGUUGGCAUCCCAAGUUGUGAAGCUAACAAAGCAACUGAAAGAGCAAACAGUAGAACGUGUGACAUUACAAAACCAACUCCAGCAGCUUCUGGAAACUCAGCAAUCAGAGAGCAAGUCACUGCCAACUUCCCCAAGUUCACCAUCAUCGCCUAUUUCUGGCAAACCUCAGUGGAAACCAUCUGAUACAGAUGACUCGACUCUACCAAAAAGUAAAUUGAACACCCACGACGGGAUUCAGAUUCUUGGUGGUAUAGGAACUCCACACCACAAUCGAACCAAGAUGAAUGAUGACGAUCCUGAUAAAAUCCUGCGUCAGCUGCUGGGGAAAGAAAUCUCUGAGAAUGUCUGCAUGCAGGAAAAGCUGUCACUAGAAUUUCAGGAUGUUCAUGCCUCCAAGAAUAUAAAGAAGAUUCCUAUGGAAAAAAAGGAGUUAAAGUUGGCAAGACUGAAGCAUCUCAUGCAGCGGUCCCUCAGUGAGUCAGAUACUGAUUCAAAUAAUUCUGAAGACCAGAAGAAUACCCCUGUGAAAAGAACAGAGAAGCCAAGGCCACAGCCCAUAGUGGAAAACACAGAAAGCACCGAGAAUUUGCACCUCAUGAUUAAGAGACACAGUUUGGCGUCAGGGCGCCGGUUCCCGUUUGGCAUGAAAGCCUCAAAAUCUGUGGAUGACCACAGCCCUUCUCCCACUUCUGAAAGUAGUGACCCUGAUAAUGAAUCCCAGUAUCAGAGUGGGACUGUAUCUCAGAGCCAGGCAUUGGGAGAUACCGCUCAGUCCAGCCCUGAACCCGGCGUUACUCACAAAGUGGCCACAAGUCCCAAGAGUGCACUCAAAUCUCCAUCUUCCAAGCGUAGGACUGCUCAAAAUUCAAAACUCAGAGUGACUUUUGAGGAGCCUGUGGUACAAGUGGAGCAAACAGAGGUUGGUUUAAAUGGGGAAAAGAGCAAAGAACGGAGUAAGGUUCCUCAGCGGCCUCCACCCAGCGUGGAAACUGGAGACCAGCAGAAACGGCCAUUUGGAACAUUUCGGUCCAUCAUGGAGACAUUGAGUGGCAACCAGAACAAUAAUAACAAUUCUCAGACUUCAAACCUAAUCAAGACUACAUCACCCUUUACCUCAUUAGGAAGGAAAGCUGCAGACAGUAAAGGAAAUUCAGCAACCUCUGCGAAAGGAAAAAGUAAACCAGCUCCUUACUCCGGCUACAUCAGUUUUUCCACUAGCAUGCUGAUCGAAGACCGUCUGUGUAACUAUGCAUGGUGCCAGCAGAACCUCACCAGAUGCAUGUCUUCUACUAAAAGUGCAACCUAUAUGGCUUUGGGGUGGAGUUUGAUUAAAGGCAUAAUACCAACAACAGGAAACUCCAGCAGCAUUACAGCAAAAAUUAUUUUGAAGAACCAGAGCUGCAAGAAUUCUUCCUUUGACUCACAUUUCAUGGCAUCUCGCAGUCUUCCCACUUGAAAAAUUUAACCUUCACCAGCAGAAUAACAGACUCUUAGGAUGCCUUAAAUUUGUAGCAGCUAGACCAUAUACAAAAAUUAAUAAUAUGUGUCUGUGUCACUUAUUUGUAAAGGCAUGGGUAAACAAAAGCCAUGAGUUGGAAUCACAGUGAUGCAAGGAACCUCUGGAAUGUUCAUCGGACCACCAUUUUGUACAUUACCUGUUGCAUGGAUAUAAUGUAACAUGUCUUGUAUCUCCCUUUCUCAAAACCUAACUGUGUCUGUAAAAAGUCUGUAAGGUCUUUGUUUGCCUAAAUUCUCACUGAGCCCAAAGCAAGGGCUCCUCCCUCUAUGGUAAACCAUGUUUUGUCACUAUUUCUGAUUUCUUUUGUAUAAGAUAAAAUAAACCAGUGUUAAUCAAAACACAGU